CCCUCACUUGGCAUGGUAAAGAAUAGAUUCCUGCAAAUUUGUGAAGCAAAAUAAAUGAUCUGCUUAGACAACAGAAUGAACCAAAACUCUUAUUAGAAGAAGAGACCUCCAUGCUAAUCACCUCAAAAGCUCUAUAUUACAGGGAAAGCUAGAGUGAGAUUGAAGAUCAUCAUCAAUGGCGAUCUUGACAAGAGCGGUGAAAUUCAUCUCAUGUGGAUGCUGUCGAGCUCGGUCACCAUCUCCGGUCUGUGAGGAUUUCAUACCAAAAUCCGAGCUUUUGCAAGAUGAAGAUGCUGACAUCCUUAGCCUUUAUUUACCAGAUUUCAAUGAGGAACAGGUCAGUGUUGAAGUGACCAGAUCAAAAACCCUAAGUGUGAGUGGACUAAGGCCUACAAAGGCUAAUAGAUGGGUGAGAUUUCACCAAGAGUUCCCAAUCUCAUCAAACUGCAACCAAAGUGAAAUCAGUCAUGAGUUUAAAGAUGGCAUUCUCUGUGUUAGACAGCCAAAACUGGUAGAAAAACAAGACAAUUUGGCACAACCUGAAUCUUCACAGCCUCAAAAACUGGCAACUCCCAAGGUUGAGGGUUAUGGUCGGCCAAGGAAGUUCUUCAAUGUGGCUUUGCUCUCUUUGCUGUUGGUUGGGGUUGUCCUAUGUGUUAACAAUAUACUUGAUUAGCAUUGAAGAAUAUAAUAUUCCUAGAUUUGUGUA